AUGCCUUCUCCCAUCCACAAGACAACAUACCCAGCCAUCUCCCCUCUCCGUCCUGAGCUUUCCACCAAAGGAAAGAAUGCUCUCAUCACAGGUGGAGGCUCAGGUAUUGGCGCCAGCAUCGCAAAGUCCUUUGCAAAGUCAGGCGUAACCAACUUGGCUCUUCUCGGCCGCACAGGCAAAACACUCCUCGCAAACAAGGCCGAGAUAGAAGAAAAACAUCCCCAAACCAAAGUCUGGACCUAUACCGUUGACAUAUCUGACCCCGAGUCAACUCGAUAUGCCCUUGAAGCGUACGCCAAAGCAGUCAACGGCAAGAUCGACAUCCUCAUCGCCAACGCAGGAUAUAUGUCCAAGGCAGAACGUAUCACUGUAGCGGAUCCAGAUGACUGGUGGCGUGGUUUUGAGAUCAACGCAAAGGGGAAUUUCAAUCUCUUGCGCGCUUUUGAUCCUCUCGCUGCCCCUGGAGCAAGGGUUAUUCAUAUCUCAAGUCGAUCGACGUACAUGGAGUACCUGGAAGGUUUCUCUGGAUAUCGAGCAUCCAAGCUGGCCGCCUACAAGCUGUUUUCUUGGUAUGCGAAUGAAAACCCUGAUAAGAUUGUCCAUCAGUUCGACCCGGGUGUUAUCUUCGGCACUGGAAUGACAGCUUCGUUCGAGGGUCUGCUCAAGGAGAAGGGACUCGUGGGAGACGAUGUUGAACUCCCUAGUGACUUUUCAGUUUGGUUGGCUAGCGAUGAAGCAAACUUUUUGAGUGGUCGUUUUGUUGAGUGUGCGUGGGAUAUUGAGGAUCUUAAGGCGGCUAAGGAGGAAUUGAAGGCAUCGUGGAACAAAUGGACUAUCGGUUUGUUGGUUUAG